AUGAUCAGCAUGAUGAUUUCUGCACCAGAGCGUUGUGUUGCUCAUAACUUCCGACGGCAUAUAGUUCAGCUCACAACAAAACAAGAGAUUCGCUGGUGCACAGCCUCGGUCAGCUCACAGCCUCGGUCAGCUCACAUCCUCGGUCAGCUCACAUCCUCGGUCAGCUCAGAAACUCGGUCAGCUCACAGCCUCGGUCAGCUCACAGCCUCGGUCAGCUCAGAAACUCGGUCAGCUCACAUCCUCGGUCAGCUCAGAAACUCGGUCAGCUCACAGCCUCGGUCAGCUCACAGCCUCGGUCAGCUCAGAAACUCGGUCAGCUCACAGCCUCGGUCAGCUCACAGCCUCGGUCAGCUCAGAAACUCGGUCAGCUCACAUCCUCGUCAGCUCAGAAACUCGGUCAGCUCACAGCCUCGGUCAGCUCACAGCCUCGGUCAGUUCACAGCCUCGCUCAGCUCACAUCCUCGGUCAGCUCACAUCCUCGGUCAGCUCAGAAACUCGGUCAGCUCACAGCCUCGGUCAGCUCACAGCCUCGGUCAGCUCAGAAACUCGGUCAGCUCACAGCCUCGGUCAGCUCACAGCCUCGGUCAGCUCAGAAACUCGGUCAGCUCACAUCCUCGUCAGCUCAGAAACUCGGUCAGCUCACAGCCUCGGUCAGCUCACAGCCUCGGCCAGCUCACAGCCUCGGUCAGCUCACAGCCUCGGUCAGCUCACAGCCUCGGUCAGCUCACAGCCUCGGCCAGCUCACAGCCUCGGUCAGCUCAGAAACUCGGUCAGCUCACAGCCUCGGUCAGCUCACAGCCUCGGUCAGCUCAGAAACUCGGUCAGCUCACAGCCUCGGUCAGCUCACAGCCUCGGUCAGCUCAGAAACUCGGUCAGCUCACAUCCUCGGUCAGCUCAGAAACUCGGUCAGCUCACAGCCUCGGUCAGCUCACAGCCUCGGCCAGCUCACAGCCUCGGUCAGCUCACAGCCUCGGUCAGCUCACAGCCUCGGUCAGCUCACAGCCUCGGCCAGCUCACAGCCUCGGUCAGCUCACAGCCUCGGUCAGCUCACAGCCUCGGUCAGCUCACAGCCUCGGUCAGCUCACAGCCUCGGUCAGCUCGCAGCAAACAUUUUCUCGUUUUCAGAACGUGAAAAAAACAACAUUUGAUUGUUUUAAUUACUUUUUAAACUACGUUUUAUACAUGUAUUCCGAGAAUUUGUAA